UGUUCAGAAGAUUUCCACUCAGACUCCAGCCCUAUUGUUACAUUCAUGCCUCGCUGAUCACCAUGGUACAGCGACCUAGCGUGCACGGGCUUUAUUUUAAGCUGUUGUUUCCGUGCUGGGCUAGGCCUUCAUUACUGUCGUUGUGCUCCUCACGCUCACUGCAUGCUACUCAUUACACUGUUCGUAAUUAUCAUUUUGGCUCUGUAUAAAAUUGUUUAUUCUAAUUGAACGCGCACAUUGUGUCCAAUUUAUAUUGUAUGAACAAAGACAUCGUUACCAUUUACUCCGAUCAACACCAAGAGGGGCAAUGUCUUCAAGAGUAGAAAGAGGCAUGGCAGUGAGUACCAAGCACUUCCAACUGCUUCAAAGAAGGUGUGGUGUGCAUUUUCUAAAGACUUUAUACAGCACAUUUAUAUGCAGGAGACUUUCUGUAGUGUGUUGUCAUGCCAAUCCUUACCAAACCGAGGGUUGGACUUGGAAAAGUGCAAAGUUAUUAGGAACAGUUCCCUCAUUACGUAUUCUCCAACGAUGGUUUCACAUACCAGUCAACCAGCACUACCAGUCCAGAGGCGAAACUGGCAAAUUUGCUUCAGAAUCACAGAGCAUUCUGGGUGGACGGCCAUUCAAAGCAAAAAGUAGUCACCAAUCACAGAGAGCCUCAACAUCAGCACAGGCUACUGAGGACAUUUCCCAAGACACCAUAUUUGCAUUGUCCUCUGGGCAGGGGAAAUGCGGAGUGGCAGUCAUCCGUGUCUCAGGCCCUGGGGCCUCCAAAGCUCUGUUGGCCGUCACCAAAAUGGCCAAUCUCCCAGAGGCUAAGAAAGUGCAUUUGAGGAGAUUGUACAACCCGACAGAUGGGGAGACUGUGGACAAAGGACUCAUAGUCUGGCUACCGGGACCACAGAGCUUUACUGGUGAGGACGUUUGUGAGUUUCAUGUCCACGGUGGGUCUGCUGUUGUCACGGCAAUGCACUCCGCCCUGGAUGCGAUCCCUGGCCUAAGACACGCUGAGCCUGGGGAGUUCACUAAGCGGGCAUUUUUAAAUGGUAAAUUAGACUUGACUGAGGUGGAAGGUCUGGGAGAUUUGAUCCAGGCUGAGACAGAAGCCCAGAGACGUCAGGCUUUGCGGCAGAUGGAGGGAGACCUGGGCCAGUUGUAUGAGGCCUGGAGGUUGCGACUCAUCAAAUGUGUUGCGCAUGUAGAAGCAUUCAUUGACUUCAGUGAAGAUGAGAACAUUGAAGAAGGCGUCCUGGACCAAGCUCAGGCUGGGGUCAAGCAGCUUGUCACAGACAUACAAGCUCAUCUAGAUGACAAUCGAUGUGGUGAAAGAUUGCGGAGUGGAGUCCAAGUUGCCAUUAUUGGACAGCCAAACGUUGGCAAGAGCUCCCUCCUUAAUCUUCUGUGUCAGAGACCGGCAGCCAUUGUGACCCCGAUAGCAGGCACUACCAGGGACGUGAUUGAAUCUGCUGUCAACAUCGGCGGCUACCCUGUGCUCCUCCUAGACACAGCGGGAUUACGAGAGACUCAGGAUGUCAUAGAACAGGAAGGCGUCCGUAGGGCCAGGCAAAGGGCUGAAAAUGCUGACUUGACCAUCAUUAUGACGGAAGCAAGUGACAUCAUCAGUAACAUAGCCUCCUCAACAAGCAAUAGCCAUGAUAGACUCUCCACCAUCUUGGAAAAGAGGCUUCAGGAGACAGAGACUUUGACCUCUGAACCGACCCAGGGGUCAUCACCGUCCGGGGAUUCCAUUCCUGGUGACGGGGGGUUUCAGAACUCCUCAAUCGUUGUCAUCAAUAAAUCGGAUCUUGUUGAUGUUGAUUGUAUGGAUACCCUCACAUCCAUAGAAUCGGCACUUUGUCAGAAACAUGACAAGAAGAAUGAAGUACAGAAGAGAUCAGUCUGCAUCAUGUCCUGCACAACAGGCCAGGGAAUGGACCACUUUCUGGAGAUCUUGAGGGGCAAAGUUGAGGCUCUGUGUGGAAACCCCUUGCUUGGCAACCCCAGCUUGACGCAAGCCCGUCACCGUAGCAACCUGAGACAUUGUCUGGCUGCUCUGGAGGCAUUCAGCAGUCAUGAGGACCUCGUAAUGGCAGCUGAACAGCUUCGUAUUGCACUCAGGCAGCUUGGCAAGAUCACGGGCAGAGUUGGGGUGGAGGAGAUUUUGGACGUGGUGUUCCAAGACUUCUGCAUUGGCAAAUAACAGGGUCAUUCAAUAGACUUCAUUUACAUUAGCUGUAAAGGCAUGCUGAAACUGGUGACAAAAUGAAUAUUGCUCCAUUAGCUUCCAAAGGAACAUUCACAGUGAGUCUAACUAUUUAACAUCAGAGUCCAGGGCCAAUUAAACGAAACCCCAAGACGCGUCCCAUCAUCGAAACUCGUCUUAUCUUGCGACUCAUCCUAGGAUUGAUUUCACAAACUUGGGAUGUGUUCAGCACAUGUCUUAACUUCCUUAGCAACGCCUCUGAACUUGUCUUAACUUGAGACCGGUCUUAGGGUCGUCUUAUCUCAUAAAUAGAUCUCUCAAAUGAUGUAACUUCCUACAGAUUGCCAAGUGCAUCGGCAUUUUGGGCAUCAAAUUUUCAUAACGCUCAUCGGCUGCGCCGUAUCUUGAAGAAAUUUCGAGCAACAGGCGCGCGUGUUUAGAACAUUUUGCACACUGAACGCAAUUGUAAUUUUCUUAUGAAGAUAGCAUUCUAUGAGAGAGAUCUAUAGGUGUGUUAAUUUGUAUAUUGUCUGGACAUCAUUGCAAUUAUGUCUUCUUGUUUAAGAAGAUUGUAUGCCUAGAGCCGUAGUUUUGAG